AUGCCCACUCUAGAGGUCCUACAGACGCGUGAACGUGUCCUCAAGAGAUUUAACGAUCUCAAGUUCCGUGAGGAGGUCAUGGUCAUCAAAGGGUUGGGAAAAUCACUUCCAUCAGAUGAGCUUAUGUCGUCCAUGUUUGACACUGUGAUUGAAAGACAGCGAGCCGCCGUAGGGGCGAAGGACGAUGACAGGGCCAUCUUAGAGAUCGGUAACAGUCACAAUGUUGACUCACCCCUUUGGUUCUCAAUGCGAAGGGCAGACCAGUUGUCUGGUGAUGUCGUUCUUCAAAAGUUGACAAGGGUUCUCAAUUCGAACCAGCAAUUUUUCUCAGAUGGCAAAUUAACUGUCAGCUACAUUCACGUCCCUGUACCAGAGGCGGGGGGUAAACGCCCACUCGCCAGGGCUGCUAAUGAGACCAUGGACGAAUGGCUAAAAAGAAAGACCGAUAAGGCAACAAUCUGGUCGCCUACGAACACAGAAGACAACAUGUGUCUCGCUCGUAGUGUUGCUGUAGCGAUUGCUAAGCACGGCGUCGAUCGUAAAGUUCUGUACAAGAUAAAAAAAGAUGUUGCAGGGGUUCAGACAAGUAAAGCAGAACUCUUGUGUGAAUCUGCGGGGAUAGACAAACACAAAUCAUGUGGGCUGGACGAAGUUGCACGUCUACAAGAUUCUCUCAAUGAUUAUAGGAUCUGUGUAUUCACAGAUAAAAAAGGGAAAGAAUGCAUUUUUAAGGGAACAUAUUCAGCACACCGAAAGAAUAUCUAUCUGUUACUCUUCAAGGAACAUUUUUCUGCCAUCAUGUUUCCAAAACAAGCUUUCGACUAUGACUACGAAUGUGAAAAAUGUGCUAUGUUUUUUAACAACAAAGGAGAACAUAAAUGCGAUGGCACUUGUUGGCGGUGCUUUGGCCCUGCCCCCCACACUGAUCCCGCACUUCUUCUUCAACGCUGUGAAGAUUGCGGGCAUCAAUUUAAAGGGGAUGAAUGUUUUGAGAACCACAAGACUGUUAAGUUACCCCGUAGCACCUCAACAAGAUGUGACACGUUUAAAUUUUGUGCACGGUGUCUUACAAGUUACAGCACUCAACGCGGGGCGACACACGUGUGCGGUACAAUACACUGUAAAAAUUGUAAGCACAACGUGAAAGAAAAUCACUUGUGUUUCAUGAUGCCAUGGGGAGAGCGGGAGAAACGACCAAAGUGGCGCUAUCAUACCAUAUACUAUGAUUUCGAAUGUACCCAGGUGGACCCUGUUGAGGGGAGAGAGGAUGUGUUUGAGCACAAACCUAACCUCUUAGUCACACAGACGGUUUGUGAUAACUGUGAAGGAGUAGUUCAAAAUGACUACUUUUGCACAGAUUGUCAGAGCCGCCAACACAUUUUCCACAAUUUAGAUGACAAAAAUAUCAAUGUUGUCGGGCAGUUUUUAGACUAUCUAAGCUCCUUCCCUCCUCGGACAGAGCUUUUACUGGUGGCACACAAUGCAAAAGCCUAUGAUCUUUUGUUUGUGGUCCAGGAGAUGGUGGCCCGCGGGCUGAAACCAGAAAUUACUCUACAAGGGGCUAAGAUCAUCUGUCUCAAAUUAGGCAAUUGGAAAUUCAUCGAUUCCUUAAUGUUUUUGCCUAUGCCGCUCUCUGCCAUGCCAAAAAGUUUUGGGCUUACAGAGCUCAAAAAAGGGCACUGGUGCUUUUUAGCCAAUAAGCCUGAAUUUUAUGACUACGACGGUCCCAUGCUUAGUAAAGAGUACUACUGUACUUCAGGUAUGAAAUCAAAGGCUUACGAUGAAUUUGAUCGAUGGUACAAUGAGCAAGUUGAGAAGAACUAUGUUUUCAACUUUCGUAAAGAGCUGAUUGAUUACUGUAUUUCGGACGUAACCAUCCUUCGACAGGCUUGUCACUCCUUUCGUACCAUCUUCACUGAAAAGGCAGGGUUCGACCCCAUGUUUAAUUGUAUAUCAUUGAGCAGCGCCUGUAUGGCUGCCUUCAGAAGAAAUUUCUUACAGAAAGAGACGAUUGGGAUAGUUCCAGCAGGGGGAUACCAUGGGCGAGGAAAGCAGAGCCAUAUUGCUUUGCAGUGGUUAGACUUUGAGUCGUUUAGACUGGGGGAAACCAUCAAAACAAUAUACACAGACCGUGAGGUGUCUAUUCUGGGUCGUCCUGUAGACGGGUACGUCGAGAUCACACUUAUUGACAACACCAUAGAACGUAGAAUUUACCAGUUCCACGGAUGCUAUUGGCAUCAUUGCCCAAAACACUUCCCUGCCGAAGAAGGGUGUGGAGUGAACCGCUUUCAGGAGACUCAAAAAAUUACACAACUUUUCCAAAGACAUGGAUAUAAAGUGAUCGAGAAAUGGGAAUGUGAUUUCAAACAGGACAUGGAGAAUGACCCCGAGGUCAAGGCCUACUUUCUUGCACACCCCACUAAACGCUCCCCUCCCCUAAACCUGAGGGAUGCCCUUGCAGGCGGGCGCACUAGCGCGCUUAAAGCAUACUAUAAAGCAGAUCUUAAAAAGGGUGAAAAAAUAAAAUUGGUAGACGUUGUUUCAGAAUACCCUAACGCAAAUCUCAGAGGGAAAUAUCCAUUCGGUCAUCCCUCUAUUUUUCUAGAGGGUGACAACACUAUGCCUGAUGUUCACGAAUGGAACGGUGUCAUCAAGAAACAGAAAGUGAGGUUAUCUGCCCCCAUGACAAUCCAGACGACCGCCAGCUAA